AGAGAGAGUUCAUGCUAUCAGCAAAAGUUAAAAAAGAAGGAAACGACAUCGUUAGCUCUGGAUUACACCCUCGCCUAUAAAUACCUGGUUCGAUGAGAGGAAUUCUUGAAACUUGAGGCCCUCGAAAUCCGCACUCUCUCAAAAAGAAAAAAGAAAAAAGAAUGGAGAAUAUGCCGAAGCAGGAUGAUACUCCCGAGCCUACAACAAUUUCCUUCCUUAAUUGCAUCGAUCUUUCAACCCCUGAUGUCCAGCAAUCUGUUUCCCUUCUCAAACAGGCGUGUUUGGAUUGUGGAUUUUUUUACGUGACAAAUCACGGGAUAAGCCAAGAAUUCAUGGAGGAGGUGUUUUCGCAGAGUAAGAAAUUUUUUGAAUUGCCAUUGAGUGAGAAAAUGAAGGUUUUAAGGAAUGAGAAGCAUAGGGGUUAUACUCCUGUUCUGGAUGAGCUCUUGGAUCCUGAUAAUCAAAUUCAUGUAGGAGACUAUAAGGAGGGGUAUUACAUUGGAGUUGAAGUCCCUGAAGAUGAUCCUGAAGCUGACAAACCUUUUUAUGGGCCCAAUGUCUGGCCUGCAGAUGGUAUUUUGCCUGGAUGGAGGCAGACUAUGGAGAAGUUUCAUCAACAAGCACUAGGGGUGGCUAGAGCAGUAGCUAGGAUCAUAGCACUUGCGCUUGAUCUGGAGGCUGAUUUCUUUGAUAAGCCAGAAAUGCUUGGACAUCCAAUUGCAGUCAUGCGUUUGCUGCACUAUGCAGGUCAGAUUUCCGAUCCCUCAAAAGGAUUAUAUGGGGCUGGAGCACAUUCUGAUUAUGGUCUGAUUACCCUCUUAGCCACUGAUAAUGUUUAUGGCCUCCAAAUAUGCAAGGAUAAAGAUGCUCAACCUCAAGUAUGGGAAUUUGUAGCACCAUUGAAGGGAGCAUUUGUAGUGAAUCUUGGUGACAUGCUGGAGCGCUGGAGCAACUGUAUUUUCAAGUCCACCUUGCACAGAGUUUUAGGGAAUGGUCAAGAGCGAUAUUCUAUUGCCUAUUUUGUGGAACCCAGUCAUGAAUGUCUCGUGGAAUGCUUGCCAACCUGCAAGUCAGAAAAAAACCCCCCCAAGUUUCCUCCUAUCAAAUGUGAGGCUUACCUUAGCCAACGCUACAAGGACACUCAUGCUGAUCUGAAAGUAUACAACAAACAUUAAAGUUGAGCUUGCCAGAACUAACAUUUCAAAUCUACUCCGCCAAGUGAUAAUUGCCAUCAGAGCCCUCAAAUCCGGUGACGCUCCGCCGCACCAAGGGGUGGCUUUCUCUUAGGUGUAAUAUUGUACCACUAUUGAUUUAUAGCAUCCAUCGAUCAUGAAGAAUGUACUUCGUUUUCAAUAAUUAGUUAAUUCUUAAUUGUUCA